AUGAACAUGUCGUCGGCGCCCGAGGCGUACGCGCCAGAGAAGGGCGAAGGCGUCGCUGCGACUACUACGAGCGCUUCUGCUGCGGCGGCGGCCAAUCAUGGUGACGCGACGUUGGAGGAUUUGGGGUCGGAUGCUGGGGGCUUGGACGAGCUGGAGGUGAGCCCGGAGGAUGAUCGGAGGAUCUUGAGGAGGAUUGAUUGUUGCCUCCUCCCCAUCCUCGCCAUCUCCUACAUGUUCCAAUUCCUCGACAAGCAAGCCAUGGGCUACACGGCCAUCCUCGACCUGCGCACCGACCUCUCCCUCACCGGCCACGCCUACUCGUGGGCGGGCAGCAUCUUCUACUUCGGCUACCUCGCGGCGUCGUGGCCCGUGGCGGCGCUGCUCGUGCGCUUCCCCGUCGGCAAGACGCUCGCGACGUCGGUGUGCGCGUGGGCCGUCGUGCUCAUGCUCAUGGCCGCGUGCCGCGACGCCGCCGGCCUGCUCACCGCCCGCUUCUUCCUCGGCAUGUGCGAGGCCGCCGUCGCCCCCGGCUUCAGCGUCGUCACCAGCAUGUGGUACAAGCGCCAGGAGCAGCCGCUGCGGCACGGCGCGUGGUUCUUGGGGAACGUCGUCAGCGGCCUGUUUGGGAGCGUGUUGGCGUAUUCGAUGGCGAGCGUCAAGAGCGAGACGCUCGCCGCGUGGCAGGCCGUUUUCGUCGUCUUUGGCGCCUUUUCGUUGGCGUGGAGCGUGGUCUUGUUUUGGGGCAUUCCGGACAGUCCGACUCGCGCGUGGUUUUUGAAGGGCAGGGAGGAUGCGCGGUUGGCGGUGGCGAGGGUCAAGCAGAACUUGACCGGGAUUAAGAGUAGGGAGUGGAAGGGGAGUCAGGUCGUGGAGGCGUUGAAGGAUCCGCAGAGUUGGUUGUUUGUGCUCAUUCAGCUUUGUGGGAACAUUCCGAAUGGCGGCGUCACGACGUUCGCUUCUGUUAUUGUCAACGGCCUUGGCUUCAGCGUCAAGCAGACACUCCUCAUCGGCAUGGUUGCCACCGCGUUCCAGUUUGUCUACGUGCUGAUGGCCGCCGGCGGCGCCACCUUCUUCCGCAACACGCGCACCUACUGGCUCGUCUGGAACUUCGUCGUCUCGCUCGUCGGCGCCAUCAUGGCGCGCGAGAUCGACCCCGAAAAACACAUUUGGGCCAAGUUUUUCGGAUACUGCCUUCUCAUCUGCUUCUCCGCAAACUUCCCGCUCAUGCUCAGCCUGACGGCGGCGAAUGUCGGCGGCUUCACCAAGAAGAAUACGGUCAACGCUAUGCUCUUCGUCUCCUACUGCGUCGGCAACAUCAUCGGCCCGCAGCUCUUCUUCGAGCGCGAAGCCCCAAAGUACCAGUCUGGCUUCUUGGCCAUGUUGAUCUGCUUCGUGCUCGGCAUCAUCUUCAGCGUGGCUCUGCGUUUCUACUACGUCUGGGAGAACAAACGUCGCGACACCAAGGCCGCUGUCGGAAGCGACGGGCUCGGCGGCAACGCCGAUAUCGCUGACGCCGAGGUGCGACAGGAGUCUGCCAUCAUGCUGAACCUGUUGGAUAAGACAGAUAGGGAUAUGGCCCAGUUCAGGUAUGUGUAUUAA